AUGGGCUCCUCCAAUGCUUCAGUAUUCACCGCAGCCACUGUGGCUGCUGCGCCAGAAGAUCCUCUGUUUGGAUUGAUGAAGGCCUAUCGCGAGGACCCCUCCGAUAAGAAGGUCGACCUGGGCAUCGGUGCCUACCGCGACAACAACGCAAAGCCCUGGAUUCUGCCCGUGGUUAAGAAGGCUGACAAUGCCAUCCACAAUGACCCCAGUCUCAACCAUGAAUACCUGUCCAUUGGUGGUCUGGCCGAGUUCACCUCUGCCGCCCAGAAGCUGAUUGUCGGCGCCGACAGCCCUGCGAUCAAGGAGAAGCGAAUCUGCUCCCUCCAAACAAUCUCAGGAACAGGCGCCGUCCACCUGGGAGGCCUCUUCCUCUCGAAAUUCCACCCUCAAAAACCAACCAUCUACCUCUCAAACCCAACAUGGGCAAACCACAAUCAAAUCUUCUCCAACGUCAAUCUCUCCAUCGAAAAAUACCCCUACUUCCACGCCUCAACCAAAGGCCUCGACUUCAAAGGCAUGAUGUCCACCCUCGAAAGCGCCCCCAACGGCUCAAUCAUCCUCCUCCACGCCUGCGCCCACAACCCAACCGGCGUUGACCCAACCCAAGACCAAUGGAAGCAAAUCGCAGCCACCAUGCGCGCGCGCUCCCACUUCCCCUUCUUCGACACAGCCUACCAAGGCUUCGCCUCCGGCGAUCUGUCCCGCGACGCCUGGGCCAUCCGCUACUUCGUCGAGCAAGGCUUCGAGCUCUGCGUCGCCCAGUCCUUCGCCAAGAACUUCGGCCUGUACGGCGAGCGCACGGGCGCUUUCCAUUUCGUCUCUGCGCCCGGCCCCGAUGCCGCCACCGCCUCAGCCCAUAUUGCGUCCCAGCUGGCUAUCCUGCAGCGCUCGGAGAUUUCCAACCCGCCUGCUUAUGGUGCGCGCAUUGCUAGUCGCGUCCUGAAUGAUCCCACUCUGUUCGGUGAGUGGGAGGAUGACCUGCGUACUAUGAGUGGUCGGAUUCUGGAGAUGAGAGCUGGUUUGCGCGAGCGUCUUGAGAAGAAGGGCACUCCUGGUGACUGGAGCCAUAUUACUUCGCAGAUUGGCAUGUUCUCGUUUACGGGAUUGACUGAGGCGCAGGUUAUGACGCUCCGGGAGAAGUGGCACGUCUACAUGACUAAGAAUGGAAGAAUUUCCAUGGCUGGGCUUAAUACGCACAAUAUUGAUUACUUUGCCGAGGCUGUUGAUAGUGUUGUUAGGGGUUGA